AUGGACGAUAUGAUCCGAGUAUUAGAAAUGCCACAGAAUGAUUAUAAUAUCCCUACAGAGAAAUCAUCAAACAAAUAUGUUCCAUACAGAAGUGCUCAAUAUAGAGGCAAAACAUACAUAUAUGUUGAAGGAGAAGAAACGGACGAUUAUGUUCGCGAUAUAUCUUCUUCGGAUAUUACUUCUUCCGAAAGCGAGUAUGAAGAAAUGGAUAUUAACGAUAUAUAUCCAUAUAAAUCGCCUAAAUAUAAAACUUUGAUCGAAGUCGUACUAAAACCAAGCAACAAAACACAUGAUGCAGAAAAUACUCAUAUAGAUAAUAUAGUGGAUACUAGCGAUAUACCAAGUGGUAAUACACAAAGCGUAACACCAAGUGACAUACCCACCAAUAAAUUGACUGAGGAAGAAUGGAAUAAAUUGAAACAUGAUUUUAUAUCUAACAUGUUACAAAAUAUACAAAAGGAUUUACCUAAUGAGAAUAUCAUUGAUGCUAAUAUGUAUGAGGGUAUCCAAGGUAAUAUUUUAGACGUAAAUAUUGAAGAAAAACCUUUUAUUACAUCUAUUCAAGAUAGAUUUCUUGGUAGUACUGGUCAAGAGGUUAGUUAUAAUAUUGAUUGGAAUGUUCCAAAACAUACACAAAUAUAUUCUAACAUUACACAUUCCCCUAAGGACAAUAAUUUAUAUAGUGGUACAGAUCUAAUUAAUGAUUCGUUAAAUAGUGUUCAACAUGUUGAUAUUUAUGAUGAAUUGCUCAAAAGAAAAGAAAACGAAUUAUUCGGGACUAAACAUCCAAAAAAUACAACCACAAAUCGUGUUGUUAAACCAAUAAGUGGUGAUCCGAUACUCAACCAACUGGAUUUAUAUGAUAAAUGGUUAGAUAGACAUAGAGAUAUGUGCAACCAAUGGAAUAAUAAAGAAGAAAUGUUACAUAAAUUAAAAGAUGAAUGGAAUAAAGAAAAUAAAGAACAUCUAUUGUAUACAUCAACUCAUGAUGAUAUUAAUAAAAUUAAUGAUGAAAAUUAUAAUAUGAU